CAUCUAUAGAGCAUUAGCAGCUCCGACUCUCCCUCUCGGACACCUAGACCACCCCUCCCCAAACACACUCACCCCUCCUUCCCAAGCACUUGGCUUGUCUCUGUCGGAGAGCAGCAGUUGAGCCAUAAGGAAGAUGGACUGAAGGCACCUUCUGGGGACUGGGUUACUUCUUGAAGAGGACAAUCCAAUGGCAGUGGCUAAAGGCAGCCUGGAUUAAUUAAACCCUCCGGUUAGAGACACUCAGCGAACUCACCAAGGACAGCAGGAUGGGAGUGCUAAUGUCCAAGAGGCAGACGGUCGAGCAGGUGCAGAAAGUCAGCAUCGCUGUUUCCGCUUUCAAGGACGGCUUGAAGGACCGGCCCCCCAGCAAGAGGAAAUCUGAAGGCUGCAUCAGGAAGGGCAGUAAGGCUGAUGUGUUGGACCAGGUCCUAGAGGAGGAAAAGGAUGAGGAUGGAUCCAAUCCCGGCUCCCCGUGCCAGUCUCAGCCUCGUCAGGAAAACCCCAUUAACCGGGCAGCUUGGGAAAGACUACGGGAUGGGCGAGGGGUGGAGCCGGAGGAGUUUAAUAAAAACAGCCGCUUCACUCCGCCCGCCUUCAUUAGGCCUAAACGAGCUCUGAAUGAUGAUGAACCCCUCGAGAUCAGUUUGGAGCAGCGGGAAGAGAUCCCCAAUGAUGAAAUGUGUGAGAUCUGUGAGGUGUGGACAGCAGAGAGUCUGUAUCCGUGCCGAAUCUGCUCCAGGGUAUUUCACGAUGGCUGCCUACGUCGGAUGGGGUAUUUACGUAAUGAUAACACCCUGGAGGUGACGGAAAUGGCACACACAGAGACCGGCUGGAGCUGUUACUAUUGUGAUAACCUGAACCUGCUGCUGACAGAAGAGGAGAUGUACAGCCUGAUGGAGACCUUUAGCCACUGCAAGGUGAUUCCCGAAUGCCCCCUGACGCUGGACGACUUCCUGCAUUACAAGCACCUAGUGAACCGGCGGCUGCAGGAGAAGCAGCUGAGCGACGACCUCGAGGAGCAGGCGACCCUCCAGUUCUCUUCCAUGGACCCCGAGAAGAAGGGGCAGGUGGAGUGGGGGGACUUCCUUUCCCAUGAAUCCAUCUGCCUGAUGCAAAAACUGCGCACAGAGAAUUCCCUGCUGCGGCUUCUCACAGCCAAGGAGCGAGAGCGGGCCCGGGCCACCUUCCUGUCUCUCGACCAAGACAACGACAAAGUGAUCAGCGGCAGCGAGUGCCGGAGGGCCCAACAUGGCUGGUUCCGCAAACAGUCUAAAGAGGCCGUGUCCUGUAAUGUCAGUAUAAGCCAUGUUGGCCCAAUGUCAGAAAGUAGCCCCGCAAGCAGCACCAGCGGGAAAAGCCAAGACAAGACACCACUGACCUCCUACCCAGACGAGGGCAGACAAGUCAGCUGGGACACUUUCCUAAAGGAGAACGCCAUCUUCAUACUCGCUGCUCGCCCAAAUAGUCCUGCCAUCCACCUGAAGCCAUCAGUAUAAAAUGUAAUGGUAGAGUUUGGGAGGUCCCACCGAUGCCUGAUGCAUGUGGGGAGGAUGGAGUAAGUGGGGAUAGGAAUGCCUACAUUGGAUGCUGUAGAUGAUCUGGAGAUGACACAACAGCUUGAUGCCCCUCAAUAAACGUCUUGCUUUCCCCCACCCUUUGCUAAAAGACUUUUUUACGGGACAAUGUUUUUACGAGAUGGAACGUGGACCAUGAGGUUCCGGAGCCAACGUAGCCAAAACUGAGCAGAGGCCGCGUAGUUUCAUGAGUCGGGACUUCUCUGGAAGACGCCAAAGAGCUGAGAAUCAAAGCAGGAGAGACGAGUGACUACAGAGCAGUGGAACUAUUUCAUCGACGUUGGUUAUUUUUCUUCUGUGAUGUUGCUUUGUGCUGAUGUUUUAGGGAAUUUUGAACAAAAUGACGUCCUGGGAUGAAAUGAGGGGUUUUCUUUUUUGCCUAUAAGGGUUUCAGUAACAGAUUGUAAUUGGUUGGGAGUCUGAUCCUUCUCCACCAAGACACAUUAAUAAGCACAAACCCCUAUCCCUAUACAUUGUACCAUUGCUGUUCCCCCCCACUUUGGAAAUAACACUGUUACCUAUAAUGUACCCCUAAUGCUGUCACUAAGCAGAAGCCCCCCGACGGCCGGACACCUCCAGUUUGAUCUUCGCCAGCACCAUUAACUAACAAUAUCUAACAGAUACACUACAUGGGGUAGAUUACAAUAUGACAUUUCCCCAUAGACAGGAAUAGCCACAGCACCAACUAGUGGUCAUAAAUGGAAAAACACAACCCUCAACUCUUAAAGAACAGCCCUGUCUGGUUAAACGUGGCCAACCUACCCUGCCCCAAAUCCAGUCCUGGCCCAAAGAUGCUGUGGGGAAUGGCGGUUUUCUGAUUUCAAAUGAGAGUUUUAGGUCUGUAAUGUUUGUUUUAAACUCAAGUUAAUUGUAUAAUAUAAUUAAAAAGGGAUAUAUGUGCUAUAAA